UUUAAGGCCAGUAUGGAAAAAAUUGAAAGACGCCAUGGCGGUGAAAAAAUUGUAAUCUAUGGAUAUCCAACUAACGAUAAUUACGGAUUUUCAUUUAACAUUAAAUGCGUACAAGAUGGAAGUAAAAAUAUUGUCGCCCACCUAAACCCAAGGUUUACCACUAGAGAAACUGUUAUUGACUAUAUGCAAAAAGGAGAAUGGACUAUCUAUGCUAACUAUGACUAUUUCGACUUCAAAAUUAGAGAGCAGUUUAUCGUUCAGUUUUUAACAAGUCCAGGUUCAACUUUGAUUAAAAUAAACUCAAAAUUCGAAAAGAGGUUGGAUCACAAAAUGGACUGCUAUGAUCAUUUGGAUGUUCAUGGAGACGUGAGAGUGGAGAAAAUAUUGAUGACAUAAACCGACAACAGAUCUUUACACUUGCACAUAUGAUGCAUUGUAUUUUAUGUAAUAGUAUUACUUGUAGAAAUACUAAAAAUAAUUGUACACAUUUUAUUUAAAUAGUAAACAUAAUUACAAAAACAAUCUUAUAUUGAAAAAUGUAUUAUUGCCUAUUUGAUGUAAUCCAAUUUUUGAUUACUAAUUGACCAGGUGCAAUUUCAACUUUUUUUUUAAUUGGUAAGGACAAUUGUCGAUACUCUUUUGAAUUUCAAUUUUAAAAAUCAAAUUUAUUUAAAAAUUAAAUUUAUUAACCUUGUUUUUAAAAUUGUAUAUGAUAGUUUGUCAUAAAGUUCUGAAUCAAUUGAUUUUGUGUUUAUUACUUAAUUUCAGCAAAAAAAAUGUGUUUCUCGAUGCUUUGAUCUGUGUUAGAUCAUGCAAAUAGGUGCGAAUGAAUGUUGGUGCGGGCGUAAAUUGAACGAGUGAAAGUGUAACUCGGUACACGUGAAUGUGACGUUUAGGUGUAGGAUCGUUGUUGCCGGGGAAGAAGCUUAAAGAAGUCUUGUUCUUGUUGUCUUAGGGUGAGAUCAUGUUUGUAGUCAAGUCUCAAUAUCGUCC